UCGAACCGCUUUUCAGCUCUCAUACUCGUUCGCUCGAUUCAACCGCGACGUCCAUCUUUCCGAGUCGCAAGAAGAAAGUGUCACUCUUGGGUGUUGUAAAGUUCGAACUACAGCCGUCGAAGAACCAGGAAGGAAGCAAAAACUACCCCUUCGAAGAUGUCGAUGAUCUCUGCCCGUUUGGCCGCUCAGGUGGCCCGCCAGCUGCCGAGAACCGCUAGCCAGAUCGCCAAGAUCGCCGUGCCAGCUGUGACGGUUGCUGCCCGCAAUUUCCAUGUUUCCACUGGUAACCGUGGUGCGGAGAUCUCUUCCAUCCUGGAGGAAAGAAUCCUCGGAUCGGCCCCGAAAGCUGAUUUGGAGGAAACUGGACGCGUGUUGAGCAUCGGUGACGGUAUCGCCCGUGUGUACGGUCUGAAGAACAUCCAGGCCGAUGAAAUGGUGGAAUUCUCCUCCGGUCUCAAGGGUAUGGCCCUUAACUUGGAACCCGACAACGUCGGUGUUGUCGUCUUCGGUAACGACAAGCUGAUCAAGGAAGGUGACAUCGUCAAGCGUACUGGUGCUAUCGUCGACGUCCCGGUCGGUGAUGAGCUGCUUGGUCGUGUCGUCGAUGCCCUGGGUAAUGCCAUUGAUGGUAAGGGUGAAAUCAAGACCAACCAGCGCUUCCGUGUCGGUAUCAAGGCCCCGGGUAUCAUCCCACGUGUGUCUGUGCGUGAACCCAUGCAGACCGGUAUCAAGGCCGUCGAUUCGCUGGUACCAAUUGGUCGUGGACAGCGUGAACUGAUCAUCGGUGACAGACAGACCGGAAAAACCGCUCUGGCCAUCGAUACCAUCAUUAAUCAGCAGCGUUUCAACAACGGUACGGAUGAGUCGAAGAAACUGUACUGUAUCUACGUUGCCAUCGGUCAGAAGCGUUCGACCGUGGCCCAGAUCGUGAAGCGUCUGACUGAUGCCGGUGCCAUCAACUACACCAUCAUCGUCUCUGCCACCGCUUCCGAUGCUGCUCCUCUGCAGUACUUGGCUCCGUACUCCGGUUGCGCCAUGGGAGAGUUCUUCCGUGACAACGGAAAGCACGCUCUGAUCAUCUAUGACGAUUUGUCCAAACAGGCCGUCGCCUACCGUCAGAUGUCUCUGCUGCUGCGUCGUCCCCCAGGUCGUGAGGCCUACCCUGGUGAUGUAUUCUACCUGCAUUCGCGUCUGCUGGAGCGUGCCGCUAAGAUGAACCCAACUCUGGGAGGUGGUUCCCUGACUGCCCUGCCCGUCAUUGAAACCCAGGCUGGUGAUGUGUCCGCCUACAUUCCAACCAAUGUCAUUUCCAUCACUGACGGACAGAUCUUCUUGGAAACUGAAUUGUUCUACAAGGGUAUCCGACCAGCCAUUAACGUCGGUUUGUCUGUAUCCCGUGUCGGAUCUGCUGCCCAAACCAAGGCCAUGAAGCAGGUUGCCGGUUCCAUGAAGCUGGAGUUGGCCCAGUACCGUGAGGUUGCUGCUUUCGCUCAGUUCGGUUCCGAUCUGGAUGCUGCCACCCAGCAACUGCUGAACCGUGGUGUCCGUCUGACUGAACUGCUGAAGCAGGGUCAGUACGUUCCAAUGGCCAUCGAAGAGCAGGUUGCCGUUAUCUACUGCGGUGUCCGAGGUUACCUGGACAAGAUGGAUCCCACCAAGAUCACUGCCUUCGAGCGGGAGUUCUUGGCCCAUGUCAAGACCAACGAGAAGGCCCUUCUGAGCACGAUCGCUAGCGAAGGUAAAAUCUCGGAUGAGACGGAAACCAAGCUGAAGAGCAUUGUCACCAGCUUCAUGUCUACGUUCAGCGGUUAAAAAGUGCUUUUUGUGUUAGCUUUUAAACCGAGCCGGGAUUCAACAAAUGCAUAACCCCAGCUGCGCCUUCGUCGGAUUACUAGCUUCAUUUUAGUGAUGCGACGGAGCUGUUAAGUUAAAACCACCAUCAAUACAACAAACUAGUAGGUACCAUCUUACGAGCGAGCAUGCCGGAUAAAAGGGGAACAUAGAGAAUUGCGAUACCAACGCCGAGAGUAAACAACUGAACCUGUGUUAAGUAAGGUAAAAACGAAAAAAAAAUGAAAAAUCGCAGCGACAUUUAUAGUAGCUCUUCAAAUUGUAUUAAUCAACAAAAAUUUACGGAGAUAAUAAUCCUGAUAUCGAAAUACAGUUUCCAACAAUUAAA